CCCAGCCCGCCCUCGCCCAGACGCUCCUGGGUUGUGUGCCGCAUGCGACGACGUAUUAUGCCGAUUACUACUACUGCUACAAGUGUAUGGCCUAAGGACAGGAACAGGCUGUGGAGAGGCCCCUCUCCACAUGCAGAACCAAUGCAAGACCCCCCCAAGUGUCUUCAGUGCGUGGGCAACAACGGAGAUACUCGCUCAACAGCUCCCUUGGUCCUCAGUCGCAGCCGUCCGCAGAACAAGACGGCCAUUUCCCAGCUUAUUGAUGGGUAAGCUACUCCAUCUUAACCUCAACCACUGCCGUACUGCCCAGGACUUGAUGACACACACGGUUCUGAAGCAGCAGAUCAACGUAGUGCUGCUCAGUGGGCCCUACAAGGGGACAAAUCUGUGGAAGCGAUCACAUAGAGCAUCCAGGGCCUCGCUUCACGCAGCACGAAUAUCAGGCGAUCAUCAGAGAUCACAGAUCCCCGGUCAUAACAGCGGGGGACUUCAACGCCUGGGCCACGACUUGGGCACGCCCCGUGGAACAGCGCUCCUGGACGAAUUCACAAGCCUGAACGUCUGUCUCCUGAACAUAGGAAGCAUCCCGACGUACAACAAUGCGGGCCGGGAGUCAUCAUAGACCUCACCUUUGCAAGCACGGUGACGGACAUCUCGCCAUUAGGAAUGAAACAAGGGUGCAACAAAGUGUCAUUCAAGGCCAACUGGAAAGCCCUAAGAGACGCCAUCAGAAGGAAACCCGCAAGGUCCUAAGCGACCACAGAAGCACCCAAGACGCGGCUCCAGCUACCGGAAGCGACAAAUGCAACGUAGCGGUCGGAAGUAUAACAUCCUGGCUCGCAAUGAAUGGUCUGUCCUUGCCUUCACUACCUAGGGGUAUUUGAAGAGUCCUCCCUCUCCUAACCAGUAAAGGUUUCUUCGCGACUACCACAGGGCAGCCACCUAGACCCCUUACUCUUCACACUCUUUAUCAAUGACUUGCCUUCGGUAUUAACAUACUCUCGAAUACUUAUGUAUGCGGGUGAUGCUAAGCUCUGUGUCCAGUAUAAGGACAUUUCAUUACAUUCCCGCUUGUAAUCCGAUCUCAACAACUUUCAGUCGUGGUGUUGUGCAAACUUGUUGCACCUCAAUGGCUCGAAAUGCAAAGCUAUGACAUUUCACCGUUCUAGCCCCUUGUUGGCUCCCUAUACCCUAUGUGGUGCUUCUCUUGGGAAAAUUACCCUGGUGGAUGAUCUUGGUGUUAUGUUAGAUGCCAAGCUAAAGUUUUCUGAACACAUUUCUACCAUGGUAAAAAAGGCCAUGCGCGUGCUUGGAUUUAUUAAGAGGUGGUCAAAGAAAUUGGACGACCCCUAUAUAACAAAGACUCACUACACCUCGCUAGUUCCUG